CUGACUUCCUCCCCCCACCCUGCAGCUCGCCGCCCGGCUCCCUCGGACGGGGCCGCCCCGAUGGGACGCCGCGCCCCGGCCCUUGCGCGACGCUGAGCGCAGCGCUCGCGGUUGCCGGGCCCCCCGCCGCCGCCGCCGCCGCCGCCGCCGCGAGCCGCUGCCCCCCUCACCCCGAGGCCGGGAGCUCCGUCCCCCGCCCCUGGAAAACUGGAUUUCCGAGGCUGGAGGCGCCUGGCCGACUGGGUGGGGACCACCAUGGGGAACGCGGCCGGCAGCGCCGAGCAGCCCGCGGGCCCCGCCACGCCGCCCCCCAAGCAGCCCGCGGCCCCCAAGCAACCGAUGCCCGCGGCUGGAGAGCUGGAGGAGAGGUUCAACCGGGUCCUGAACUGCAUGAACUUACCCCCAGACAAGGUCCAGCUGCUGAGCCAGUAUGACAAUGAGAAGAAGUGGGAGCUCAUCUGUGACCAGGAGCGGUUUCAAGUCAAGAAUCCCCCUGCUGCCUACAUCCAGAAGCUGAAGGGCUACCUGGACACCAGUGGGGUCAGCCGCAAGGUGACAGCCGAUUGGAUGUCCAACCUGGGGUUUAAGAGGCGAGUUCAGGAGUCCACGCAGGUGCUGCGGGAGCUGGAGAUCUCCCUGCGGACAAACCACAUUGGGUGGGUGCAGGAGUUCCUCAACGAGGAGAACCGUGGCCUGGACGUGCUCCUCGAGUACCUGGCCUUUGCCCAGUGCUCCGUCACGUAUGACAUGGAAAGCACAGACAAUGGGGCCCCAAACUCGGAGAAGAGCAAGCCCCUGGAGCAGUCAGUGGAGGAUCUCAGCAAGGGCUCCCCCUCAUCCAUCCCGCCGCAGCCCAAGAGUCGCCACCUGACCAUCAAGCUGACCGCUGCCCACAGCAGGAAGGCCUUGAGAAACUCCCGCAUCGUCAGCCAGAAGGACGACGUCCACGUCUGCAUCAUGUGCUUGCGCGCCAUCAUGAAUUACCAGUCUGGCUUCAGCCUUGUCAUGAACCAUCCAGCCUGUGUCAACGAGAUUGCUCUAAGCCUCAACAACAAGAACCCCAGAACCAAGGCUCUGGUGCUGGAGCUGCUGGCGGCUGUGUGUCUGGUACGGGGUGGACACGACAUCAUCCUUGCAGCCUUUGACAACUUCAAGGAGGUGUGUGGGGAGCAGCACCGCUUUGAGAAGUUGAUGGAAUAUUUCCGGAAUGAGGAUACCAACAUCGACUUCAUGGUGGCCUGCAUGCAGUUCAUCAACAUCGUGGUACACUCGGUGGAGAACAUGAACUUCCGUGUCUUCCUGCAAUAUGAGUUCACCCACCUGGGCCUGGAUCUGUACUUGGAGAGGCUGCGACUCACCGAGAGUGACAAGCUGCAGGUGCAGAUUCAGGCCUACCUGGACAAUGUUUUUGAUGUGGGUGCUCUGCUGGAGGACACGGAGACGAAGAAUGCAGUGCUGGAGCACAUGGAGGAGCUGCAGGAGCAGGUGGCGCUGUUGACAGAGCGGCUUCGGGACGCGGAGAACGAAUCCAUGGCCAAGAUCGCGGAGCUGGAAAAGCAGCUAAGCCAGGCCCGCAAGGAGCUGGAGACCCUGCGGGAACGCUACAGCGAGUCGACCGCCAUGGGCACCUCCAGGCGGCCCCCGGAGCCUGAGAAAGUGCCUCCCGCGACCCUGGCGCGGCCCUCGGCCCUAGAGCUGAAGGUGGAGGAGCUGGAGGAGAAGGGGUUAAUCCGCAUUCUGCGGGGACCCGGAGAUGCUGUCUCCAUCGAGAUCCUUCCGGUCGCUGUGACAACACCAAACAGCACUGAUGUCCCGACUCCGGGGGUGCCCACAGGCUCCCUCAGCCCAGCUCUCCCACCAGCGGCGGAGUCGGCCCCUGAGGCAGCGCCCACGCCGCCGUCACCGCCCCCGCUGCCCGGCUCCGGCCCCCAGCAGGGAGCCCCGCCCCCGGCGCCCCCACUGGCCCCGCCCCUCCCGGGCAGCCAGGAUUCCCCACCCGCCCCGCCGCCGCCGCCGCCGCCACCGCCACCACCUGGCACCGACGGGCCGGUGCCCCCACCACCGCCACCGCCUCCGGGAGGCCCUCCUGAUGCCUCGGGAGAGCCGGGUCCAGAGCUGGGUCCAGGAGUGAAGUCCAAGAAACCCAUCCAGACCAAGUUCCGCAUGCCGCUCUUAAAUUGGGUGGCCCUGAAACCCAACCAGAUCACCGGCACCGUCUUCACCGAGCUCAACGAUGAGAAAGUGCUGCAGGAGCUGGACAUGAGUGACUUUGAGGAGCAGUUCAAGACCAAGUCCCAAGGUGCCAGCCUGGACCUCAGCGCCCUCAAGGGCAAGGCCACCCAGAAGGCCCCCAGCAAGGCAACCCUCAUUGAGGCCAACCGGGCGAAGAACCUGGCUAUCACCCUGCGCAAGGGCAACCUGGGGGCUGACCGCAUCUGCGAGGCCAUCGAGAUGUAUGACCUGCAGGCCCUUGGCCUGGACUUCCUGGAGCUGCUGACCCGCUUCCUGCCCACGGAAUAUGAGCGCAGCCUCAUUGCCCGCUUUGAGCGGGAGCAGCAGCCGCUGGAGGAGCUGUCGGAUGAGGAUCGCUUCAUGCUGCGCUUCAGCCGUAUCCCGCGCCUGCCGGAGCGCAUGACCACCAUCACCUUCCUGGGCAACUUCCCCGACACUGCCCAGCUGCUCAUGCCGCAACUGAACGCCAUCAUCGCAGCCUCGAUGUCCAUCAAGUCCUCCGACAAACUCCGCCAGAUCCUGGAGAUAGUCUUGGCCUUCGGCAAUUACAUGAACAGCAGCAAACGUGGAGCAGCCUAUGGCUUCCGGCUCCAGAGUCUGGAUGUGCUGUUGGAGAUGAAGUCGACUGACCGCAAGCAGACGCUGCUGCACUACCUGGUGAAGGUCAUCGCUGAGAAGUACCCACAGCUCAUGGGUUUCCACAGCGACCUGUACUUCCUGGACAAGGCAGGUGCAGUGUCUCUGGACAGCGUUCUGGGGGACGUGCGCUCCCUGCAGCGAGGCCUGGAGUUGACGCAGCGGGAAUUUAUGCGACAGGACGACUGCGUGGUGCUUAAGGAGUUCCUGAGGGCCAACGCACCCGUCAUGGACAAGCUGCUGGCAGACAGCAAGACUGCUCAGGAGGCCUACGAGUCUGUGGUGGAAUACUUUGGGGAGAACCCCAAGACUACGACUCCCUCCAUGUUCUUUCCCCUCUUUAGCCGCUUCAUCAAGGCAUACAAGAAAGCUGAGCAGGAGGUGGAACAGUGGAAGAAAGAAGCAGCUGCCCAGGAGGCAGGUGCCGACACCCCAGGCAGAGGGGAGCCCUCAGCACCCAAGUCCCCACCCAAGGUCCGGCGGCAACAAAUGGACCUCAUCUCAGAGCUGAAACGGAAGCAGCAGAAGGAGCCACUCAUCUACGAGAGUGACCGUGAUGGGGCCAUUGAAGACAUCAUCACAGAUCUGCGGAACCAGCCCUACAUCCGCGCUGACACAGGCCGCCGCAGCGCUCGCCGGCGACCCCCUGGUCCUCCCCUGCAGGUCACCUCCGACCUCUCGCUGUAGCUGUGUUCCCUCGGAUGGGCUCUGCAGGGGGGUGGGGCCUGUGGGCAGGCCGGGGCUCAAGGAAGGUGGUCCUCAGCUCGGCUGGGCCGGGCAGCCCCCUCCUCAGCUGUCUCCCACCGUGGGCCGCGCGUCUCUCUUGCCACAAGGGGGAAGCAUCGUUCACCCCUUCCCACAAAUGCUGCUUGCAGCAACCCUCCUUUUCCCUCCCGAAAAAGCCAUACUCAGCCCCAGCCGGAGCCUGGCCUGUAACUUAUAAAGUGCAACCUCGCCCCCCACCCCCGGCCCUGGGGACUCUCCGUAAGACCUUAUUUUUAUACAAGAUGAAUAAAGAUGUUUGCAAAAAAAAUUCCGCG